AUGUCGACGGAAUUCGAUGCCGGCGAUGCCGCCUCGGAUAGCGAAAUCUCCGACAUCCAAGACGUUGUGGUUGCCGACCCUGCCUCGCGCGCGUCCUCCGUCGCGAACGAGGUCCCCACUUACACCGAGGCAGACCCAGAUGCCGAUGCCGUUGACGAUGUCGACGAUGCCGGCUCGAGCUCCCAAGCGUCUCGGCGCAUCGCCAAGCGCAAGGUUGCCGUUGAAGAGGAUUAUAUUCACCAGAACCCUGAGUUAUAUGGCUUAAGGCGCAGUGGCCGCGCUACACAGGCGCGUCGGUUUGUUGAUUCCGAUUCUAGCAGCGAGUCCGAUGUCGUCCCCACUAGUCGACGUCCGCAAAAGAAACGACGCGUUGAGACGUCUCAACCCAGUUCUAAACGGGCUACACCCGCCCGCCAACCAUCUGCCUCUGACUCAGACUCUGACAAUUACGGUGGCGCACGCGCCAAGACCUUUCGGCGGAAAGCUCGCCGUCAAAGAGAAGAGCAACCCGACCAAGUGCUGGCUGAGAAGAGAUGGUCGAGUCGUCGCGCCGCCCAGGUUCAACAAGGCAUGUAUCAAGAAAGCAGCGCGGAAGAAGAAGAGGAGGCGUCAGCAGAUAACAACGAUUACCUCGAAGAAUACGUGGACACGCGCCCUUAUAUCGAAAAGGUAGUUCGCCACCGCCCCAAAGUCGGUACCGAGAUCGACUACAGUGCCCGUCGAGACGACUUCGAAUACUAUAUCAAGUGGCAAGGGCAGAGUCACCUUCACGAUACCUGGGAAGAGAUUGAUGACCUCAAGGAGUAUCGAGCGACGACAUCCCCCGGAGAGCAAGGAGCAAUAUCUCCUGGACAGGAGCGAGACGAAGAAGCCCUUGAAGACUACACCAAGGUUGAGAGAAUCGUUGCUGUUAGAAACGGCGAGCAUGGUACCGAAUACUUUGUCAAGUGGAAGGGUCUCGCCUACGAUGAGUGCACCUGGGAGGCGGAACUCGACAUCAGCCCCGAGUUCCAAGACAAGAUCGACCAGUACCUCAACCGAUCUGUCCGCUCUUGGGGCUCGGAUCGCAAAGAGGCGAGCGUCAACACUCGAACUAGGAUGACGAAGCUCGAAGAACAGCCUUCUUAUAUCAAGGGCGGCGAGUUGCGGCAGUUCCAGCUCCUGGGCCUGAACUUUUUCGUCAUCCCCGCGUGGUGUGAUACUUUCAACAACUGGGCUCCCGACUUGAACUAUGUUGUCUACCUCGGCCCUGAUUCUGCGCGCCGCAUCAUUCGCGAUAACGAAUUGCUGGUGGAUGGCAACCCCAAGAAGCCCAAGUUCAAUGUCCUCGUCACUUCUUACGACUACAUCCUUGCAGACUGGCAAUUCCUUCAGACGAUCAAGUGGCAGGUCCUUGCUGUCGAUGAGGCUCAUCGUCUCAAGAACCGGGAGUCUCAACUCUACGCCAAACUCUUCAAUUUUGGUGUACCUUGCAAAGUUCUAAUCACGGGUACUCCCAUUCAAAACAAUCUUGAGGAGCUCGCUGCCCUGCUUGAUUUCCUGAAUCCCGGCAAAGUGCAAAUCGAGGGAGACCUUGAAUCUCUCUCCGCCGAUGAUGCUCAGGUGCAAUUAGAGAAUCUCCACAAGGCUAUCUCGCCCUACAUUUUGCGGCGUACUAAGGAAACUGUAGAGUCCGACCUUCCCCCGAAGACGGAGAAGAUUAUCAGAGUCGAACUCUCCGACGUCCAACUCGAGUACUAUAAGAACGUGUUGACGCGCAAUUAUUCUGCGCUUCGCGACGCCAACGGCCAGAAAGCGUCGCUGCUCAACAUCAUGAUGGAAUUGAAAAAGAUCAGCAAUCACCCUUACAUGUUUCCGGGCGUCGAGGACAGGGUUCUCGCGGGAAGCACCCGUCGCGAGGACCAGAUCAAGGGCUUGAUCACGAGCAGUGGAAAGAUGAUGCUUCUGGAUCAACUUCUCACCAAGCUCAAGAGAGAUAACCACCGCGUGCUAAUUUUUAGCCAGAUGGUCAGGAUGCUUGACAUCUUGAGCGACUACCUGUCUUUCCGUGGCUACAAAUUCCAGAGGCUCGAUGGCGGCCUUGGUAUCAACCUGAUGACGGCCGACACCGUCAUCAUCUUCGAUUCCGAUUGGAACCCUCAGGCGGAUUUGCAAGCCAUGGCGAGAGCCCACCGAAUCGGUCAGAAGAAGCCUGUCAACAUUUAUCGCCUUGUUUCGAAGGAGACUGUCGAAGAAGAAGUGUUGGAGCGCGCUCGCAACAAGUUGCUUCUCGAGUACCUGACCAUCCAGGCUGGUGUCACCGAUGAAGGCAAGGCCUUCCGGGAGCAGUUCAACAAGAAGGGUCUCAAGGUUGAUGGACCUAGCUCUUCGGAAGACAUCCAAUGGGUUCUCAAGAUGCGUUCGCAGAAGAUGUUUGAGCAGACUGGUAACCAGGAGCGUCUUGAGCAGCUUGACAUCGACACGAUCCUUGAAAAUGCGGAGGUCACUAAAACAAAGGUUGACGACAAGAUCAAUUUGAGCAGUGGUGGCAUCGAUUGGGAUAACUUUAUGCAGUACACGGACGUCAAGGUGGACGAUAUUGCCCUCGACUGGGACGAAAUCAUUCCUGCCGAACGCCUGGAAGAAAUCAAGGCUGAGGAAGAUGUCAAGAAGCAAGAGGAGUACAUUGCGAAGCUCGCGGAGGAGAACGCACCGAGACGUGCCGCCAUGAAAAGUCGCAACAUGGAAUCUGAUCGUGCUGAUCGCCUAGCAAAGAAGAGGGAGCGUCAGAUGAAGAAGGAGCAGGAGGUUGCUGCUCACCGUGCGUCGUUACGAGAUCCGAAGCGCCCUCUGACUGAAAAGGAGCAGAGGAAUCUCAUCCGUGCAUUCCAGCGGUUCGGAUGCAUGGACGAACGAGCGGACGAAAUUGCGGAGGACGCCCGUCUGGCGGAUCGCGAUCGUGGAUUCCUGAAGCAAUUCAUUACCGAUUUCAUCAACGCCUGUGAGAAGGCCAUCGAAGACAACAACGCUAAGCUGGCUCAAGUUGAGAAGGAGAUGUCAAGAGCUGUGGCUAAAAAGGACAAGAAGGCGGUGUUGUUUGAUUUCGCCGACCUCAAGAAGGUAAACGCCGAGACGCCCUUGGAACGGCCGCCCCAGCUUCGCCUUCUCCGUAAAACGGUGAAGACUCACGGCGAUUGGAGGACAUUUCGCCUCCCCGAGGCUUCCAAGGCUGCGCACUACAGCUGUCCUUGGGGCGCCCGAGAGGAUGCCAUGCUUCUGGUGGGAAUCGACAGGCACGGCUUUGGUGCUUGGGGCCAAAUUCGCGAUGACCCCGCGCUCGAGAUGGGUGACAAACUCUUCCUCGAAGAGCACCGAAUCGAGAAGAAGACGGAAAGAGACAAGUAUCUAUUAUCAGUAUUGCAAGCCAAGUACACAGAUGAUGUCUCCGCCCAGAGGGCAGUGGAUGGCCACCAUCGAGUCAAGAAGCAAGCCUUGUCGAACGGUCACCGAGCAUCCCCUGCACCUGGGAUGGCGAGAAAAGGCAGCUACCAGCGCGACCGUGAUUUCGAGCACCGCCGGUCCCAUAGCAUGACGGACGACCGUGAUACUCCGAGAUCUGAGCUCAAGCGGAAACAUAGCCAGAAACUCGAGCAUGAGCGUGAUCGAUCCGCCAAGUCUCGCCGAGCGGAAGACCCCAGGCGUGCGAGGGGUUAUGACGAUGAGGGUUCCCCACGAUCGGACAAGCGCAAGCGUCGUGAUGACCGGGACGAUCGUGCCACGCUCAAGCAUCGGCGGGUAGAAGACUCUUCUCGACGGUAUUCGGAUGACCCCGGCGCCGAGACGACCGGGACAGGCCUUCGGAUGAGCGAAGACGACACGAACAUCGUCCCAAGGAACAGGAUGGCGCCGGAGAAGAUCAACGCUCCAAGGCACUGA